UUAUUAUGUAGACUAUAUAAUAUUAAAUAUCUCUCAACAAAGUGUUCUAAAAUGUUAAAAAUUAAAAAAAAAUAUAUAUUUACAAUCGCAAUAGAAGCUCUAAAAUAUAGCUUUAGAAAAUAAAACUAAAUAAAGUUUAAUAAAGUACUAAUUUGAAGUAGAAAAUAAGAGGAGUACAAUAGUGUACAAUUACUGAAAAUUCUAAAUAUUGAACGCUUAUAAGGAAAAUAAUACAACAAAAAAAAAAAAUAGAAAUUAAAACAUAGAUUGCGAAAAAAAUUAUAUAAUGUGCUCUAUUUUAUAAAAUCUAAAUCAAUAAAAGUAUAAAAUGUUGGAGUUAUUAUAAUAAAGGAUAAGAAAAGAAAAUUAUUAAUAAUGGUUUAAGCCAAAAUUAAAGAAGUGGUGAAAUUUUGUGUUGGAAUACUAAAAGGUGGCUUAUGGUCUAAAAAGCGAGGGAAAGCGAAAAUAAUUCGAUUUAAAAUAAUUUAAAAAUAAAAAUUGAAAAACUAAUAAACGAUUGUUUAUGAGAAUACUGCGUUUAAAAAAAAUUGAAACAUCGAUCAUAUAUUUAAAUAUCUAUCAAUAAUACCAAUAACUAUAAUUUGCAAAAGUUGUGACAUCAUAUACUUUUAAUACAAAUGAAAUAAAAUUACGAAAAAAAUGAUGACAAAAUAGUAGCAAAAGCUUACCUAACCUCCUAAACCUAAAUGUGUAAAUGUGUGCAAGCGUACAGCAAGCAAUCGUGCUUCAAAUGAAAUAUGCAAAUCAAUCAAUUGACGAAUGCCAUGCGAAAUGACACCAGAAUAUGCGCAGAGUCAACGUGAGUGAGUGAGUGCAAUCAAAAGUGAAGUGAGUAAAACCAAAAAAGCCAUAAAACACACCAACACACACACUCACAUACAAAUUUAGAAAAUGGCCAGUGGUAAAUGUUAAAUGCCAAAUGACAUCAACCGUUAGCCAAUAAUCAAGCGUUACACGAUCAGCAACGAAUUCAGGCACAAAAUUGCAAAGUCGGUAAUGAAAGUGAAGUGUAGUGUAGAAUGCCCAUGCCCUCCCCCCCAAAAUUGGUUUAAUGGAAUGAAAAGUGAAACGAAAUAACGGCAGAACUGACUGACCAAAGUGGCCACUGUGGUAUUGUAUUUAGUAAUGCACACCAGCUCAGGCAGCCAGCAAAUGAGUGUGCGUUUGUGGUAGUGAGUGAGUGAGUGCAUUGAGCAUAAAUCGAUUAUAGAUUAGAACGGAAAUUGGAGUGGCUCGACUAAGUUUCCGUCUCUACUGCUGUACAUUUGUAUGUCUAUAACGGUAUAUAUUUGUUUGUAGCUGGCCCGUAUAACGGCAGUUAUCACGUGCCUCUUAUCAGAAGCGAACAGCAGGCAACCAACAUUGGCAGCAGGACUUGACUGUCAAUUAGCUAGUGCAACUCUGUAGUGGAAGUGGCAGCAAAGCGAACGAGCAAAAGAUUAUAUCAGUACAAAUAUAUAUGUGCAUAUAUAUCAUUGAGUGUGUCAUUUUGUCGUCCACCUCAUAUCCUCACAAUUCAAGAAAAUUAAAAAAAUAUAUCACUCAUACGCCACGGUGUACCCUCCCGCAACCCUUUGCAUUUGCCACUUAGUCACCCACCUUUGUAGGUGUUUGUUAAUUUGUAAAUGAUUUUAAUGGCAUUUGCUAGUGUACCAAUACAAUAAAGUGGCGCCAGCGGUAAUAAUAUCGUGUAUCCUUUCGCUUGCUUGUGUGUGCCGCCUUCUCUCAACUUGACUCGAUUUCGUGCGUUGUGAUUCGUUUAACGCGUUUGUGUUGUGCCACACGCGCACCUAUGUGGCCAAGCAUUGGCGACACUUCCCUUCGCUGGGGGAGCAACUAAGCGUUCGACCCUCAUUUAUAAGGUACCUAGCUGUACAACAACAUGAAACUGAGUAAAAAGUAAUAAUUAUUAUUGUACGAGUAUACCGUUAGUGUUUGUCGCGUACAGUUUUUAUUGCUCUGCGGAUUGCUACAUUCUGGAGUGCUGAAGUUGCUUGACGCAGUUCAAAUUGUUAAUUGGCUUCUUCGUGGAACGUGGGCGUGCGCACUCCUUUGAAGCUGGAACAGAAGAUAAACUACAACUGCCGCAGAAAAUUGAGCUAUCUUGAGAGAAGAAUUGAGUGAUUGCGAUUGUGUCCAAGUGCCACUCAAAGAACCGCAAACUAAUAGAAUACCAAAAGCUGGAGAAAGGAAGGGAUAGAAAAAAAGAAAGCGCUGCCAUUGAAAUGACAUGAAUAACACACACAUGUGGCGACAUAUGCACCGAGUGUAAUAAAUCACUAACAAAAAAUAACAACAGCAAAACCGAACAAAAAUUUGAAUACGAAUGACAUUCCAAAACCUAUUGAGCGCAGCAGGGGAGAGAGCAAACAGAUAGGGUAAAGACGGCAAUAUAAAUGUUUUACAGUUGUCACAACAAACACAAUGCCACAAAGCAAUACACCACAACAACAACAACAAGUGGAGCUAAAUUGAUGUCAUGAAACAAUCGAAAAAUGUGGUGGCAGACAAACAGAAGAGACAAGAGCUGUGAGAGUACAAGUAACCGCAAAUUGAAGAUACUUAUUGAGAAACAACAACAACAAAAGAAAAACAGAAAUUUAAUUGAAAAAGAAGGAGCUGCAAUACUGCUGAUAUUAUUUUUGCAAAGUCUGCAGAAAAAACAAAAAAGACUCGACGGCGAGGUGAGAAUGUUAAAUAAAGAGAGACAGAGUAUUGGCAUAUUAUAGUAAAGAAAAGAAAACCAAAGAGGGUAUAAGGAAAACAACAUGGAAGAAGACAAAAUGGAUGGGCCGAAGAAAGGAACUGGUAGGACGUUGAUAAAAGAAGCUUCGAAAGUUGGAGAGUUCGACAAAGCGGGUUCAGAACAGCGGCCUAGAGAUUUUGGUGGAAAAUCUAAGCCUUUCGAAAGUGUGGUAGUCGAAGGAAAAAGUCCACCUGAAAGUGUAAACGAAGAACCAGUAUUUGGAUCCCAAAUUGAAAUCCAAGAACACGGUCUUGAAGAACAAGUAAACGAGCUGCCUAAUGACGAUGACAGUCCAACACCACGUGUGCUGAUGAAGGUGGACAAGGCGGUUAGUACGAAUGAUACACUCGAAGACUUACAACGCGCGCUUACUUACGAAGUAAUAUUCACUACACUGCUAGAGAAGAAAGUGAUGGCCAUCAAGCGCGAAUGUGAGGAGCGGAAGCGUGCCAAGCGCAUGAAACGCAAGUCCAUUGGACGCAUAUUUUUUAGUCGGAAGCUUUUCGGUGGUUCGCGCAAGCUGCGUGGUGAUAGUGAACCCGAUGUCUUCAUGCGUGGUGAGUUCGGCGCAAUGAUGGCGUCUCCGACUGGAUUUCGUGGCGCAAAGACUGCAAAGACAACGGGUGGAAGAAAGGAUGGUGAUGAAAUAGAGGUAUUCUCCACAUCAGCUUCGGCUUCGAACGGCAGUCAUCGCUCACAGUUAGCACGUGCUACUCUCACUAAGACGCAGAAGGUUAAAACGCAGCUGACACAUGGUACGACUGCCGGACAGGCGGCUGAUGAUAGUGUAGCCAGCACGUUGAGUAAUUCUUCGGAUAAGAAUGAUGUAAGUGGCGCUGGUGCGUCUGGCGGACCGCCGACUGUGGUGAGGCGCAGCUUAUUAGUGCGCGCGCAGACGCAUACACCAGCCGAAGUGAUGACAUCGAGCUCGGGCUCCGGCGACUCACGUGCACCCACACACAGACGUUCUAUGUCUGUCAUAAAUGGAAAUGGUAAUAGUAAUGGUAAUGGUGGCACUGGUGGUUUACCCGUCUCGCUGAUAGAGCGCACAUACGAUACCACUUCACUGGCCAGUGGUUAUGAAAACGGCACCGGCGCACGCUUGCAUACCUCAACAAUGGCCGACGAUAGUCUGACAUCGUUGCGUGACAGCAUCGAGAGUUUGUCGUUCGGCAGCUCGCGUUGUACGGUUAGUUUUGGUGGUGCCGAAAUCAUACCAGACGAAACUGCCUCACUCAUUUACGAACGCGCACGACUGGCGAAACGCUUGCGCAUACUAGAAGCCAAGUCGAUUAGUGCACAAUGCAGCCCUGUACUGCCACGACAUUUGAUCGCUACAAUACCGCCACCAGCAGCGGAACCCAUGCCGCCAAUGGCACAAACGACCGUCAGCAUUGACAAUGCCAUGCAGGCCGCAACAACUACGAAGCAUAUAAUAACGCCCACCACUGCCGUUCCUUACACCGCGUCGUCUAGGACGGGCGCCUACACCACCGUCGGUAGCGAAAUCUCAACGGUCCCCACCAGCAAUAAGAUCACACAGACCAAACAGCACAUCUUUCGACAUCAAGUGUCUUAUACGGACAGCACUUACGGCGGUGCGGGUGAUUUCGGUGACAUGUCCGCCUAUUCGCGUUACAUUUCGCGUCAGAAUACGUCGGAGGAGAGCGCCAAUUUAACAGUCAGCACUUUGUUGAAUCAAAGUGAUUCGCUGUCGCUGCAUGCACCCAUCUGCUCGCCAACCACAGCAGGCGAUAUCGGUACUGCUGGCGGUAGUGGUGUUGGUGCCUUCAUGUUGGGCGAUCGUUUCAAAUCGAAAAGCACAAGUCUGUUAGUAGUCGGCGGCGUGGGUCGCAACCGUUUGUUGCCGACACCACAAAUACUGAACGCGCCUUUUGUGCCCGCAACGGCGGCUGGUGGCGCGGUGAGCGGGACAUUGCCGUGUAAUAUUAGUCAUAGUGAUCAAUUAGUAGAUAGUUUACAAACAAAUAUAUUCACUUCAACUGGCCGCGCAGCGUCAGUAGCGACAUCUAACGCACAAAAUCAAUUGUCCUCGCACACCACGACUAACGCUACGACAGCUACUAACACAGCGUCUUCAGCAGCUACUACAAAGUACCAGAUGACCACGGCUACCGGCGCUACGGAAGGCACUACUGCGGUUAUUGCGCUAAACGGUACCGGGUUUCGCAAUGGCAAUGCCAAUGGUGUGAUUGUCGCUGGCGCAGCGGUACCUGCGGAUACGGCCAAGCUCAAUCGCAUGACGUCUACAUCGACUGGUUCCAGUGUAGCGCCGACCGGCUGCUGCACCACAACGAAGUCUUCAUCGCGCGAUCGCGAGAAGGACAAGCAGCGCUACAAGCCCAGCUGGCCGUCAGGGCAGAGCGGCAGUGACGAUGAGUAUCGGAAGCGCAAACGAAAAUACAAACGUUACCACAGAUGUUCAGAUCCCGUUUUGGUCUACCCAACACCAAGCGGUUUACAACACUGCAUACUUAGUAUGCCACCUAAUGAGCCACUCCAACUUCAGUACAAUGAUAACUUCCCUUACGAUAUGCAAAUCCAAACGGAGUCCGAUAAAAAUGACGACCUUGAAGAAAUAGUUCCAAGCAGCCAUCGCCGACAUCGAAAACAUCGUCAUCAUCGCCACAAAAAGCGACAUCGACAUAAAAAACCAAAAAUCCUGGUGCAAGAUAUAGAAACGCGCGUUGUCAAGGUCGUCGAUCCCGAUGAUCUGUCGCAGCGGGCGCGUUGCACAAUCAUUGUGACAGCGUGUCUGCUGCUGGUCAUGUGCCUCAUGUUGGUUGGCAUAACGUUGCGCAUGGCGCCCCUCAUCGAUGACAUGGGUAAGUGCGAAGUUUUAGUUAAAUUGUCGAAUUUUUUUCAAUUCCGUUAUGAUUCUUAUUACUAUUUUAUAAAUAUUAUACAUUUCAAUGUGUAUAUGAACGUCUUAUGCGCUCUUCUCUUCUUCUACUGCUACCCCUGUGUUGGCUUUGACUUUUUUCUAUUAUUAAUAAUUUCAAUUAUAUUAUUAUAUAAAUAUAAAUAAAAUAUUUAAUGAAAAAGCAGAAAAAAUAUAUCUUACGCAUUCGAGCCAAGUACUAAGUGGGUACUUGAGAAUAACAAAAAGUUAAGAAGAAAUAUAUUUAUGCAUUUGUAGAGCACCAAUUAAGAUUUUGGCUGCUGAUAACCAAAUCUUCCUCAUGAUAACCCACCUCAGC